AUGCCUAGUCUUUUGCAAAAAUACCAGAAACCCCGAUGUUCCACAAAGUCUCUCGACCAGUCCGACCUCACUCCUAAACACAAAGAUUACUUCCGAUUAUCGUCACAAUCAGAUCGGUCGGCACCCUCCUCCUCUGGUGCCGCCGCCGAACCAAUCCCAACACCCAUCUCCAACAGCAUGAUCAGUCGUCGCAGCCCUUUGCCAUCCAAGUACACAUCACCCUCGCACGAAGAUACGCAGAGAAUGCAACAGACCAUUCGCACGGUGCCCAGCUUCGAAAACCCCAGCGAUUCCAGUACCACAUCCAGCCCUCGCAACUCAGCCUUCUCUAGCUCUGUCAACAGCAACGCCAGUGCCGCCAGCAUGUCCUCUAGUCAAGACAGAGUGUCCAGCGUCAAACUAAAACAAGGCAACGGCGGCUGGGCCAACAGCAACACUAUGCACGACACACCGCAACGGCACGACUCUCCAAGACGAGACGACCACUCUCCAGACGAUGAGCUUGCCGUGGGUGGUAUGGAGAGCCCGGGACCUCCAGGACAGGCUGGAUGGGACUCUACCAUUGGCAAGGCCGGCCUCGGCAAAACCGGCCGCGUCAUCAACAAGCUCGUUAGCGAUAACGAUUCCCUGAAGCGCGACAUCAAAAUUGAACAACUUCGUGCAGAAGAGGCCAAGCAGGCCGCCAAGCUUGUGGAGGAUAAGAUGGAGCGUCUCAUUAGCGAUUAUGAGAGUCGCUUGCUUGAGGCCAAUGUCAACAAGACGUUGCUUGCCCGGAAGGAACGGCAAGUCGAAAGUCUAAGCGCCACCGUCGACCAGGAAAAACGCCGAGCCGUGGAUGCCUUGGAACGCGAGCGCGGCUGGCGAGAUGAAAUGGAGAAAAUGCGCCUGACGAGCACUCGACAGGUUGAUGAGGCCGGCGCGCACGCCGCCCUGAUGGAGGGGCGAUACAACGCCAUCGCUUCGCACUGGAACAACCAAGGUGACGAAGUCAAGAAGGCUCAUUUGAAAUUGAGAAGCGAGAUUGCCGGUCUUGUCGAGGAGAGGCGGCGCGACGAUGAGAAGAUCACCACACUGCGUGACCUUUGUGACCAGCAAGACGGUAACAUACGAGAGCUGAAGAGACAGAGGGACGAGAUUGAAGCCACGUUUUUGGCGUACAAGGACGAGCAGGAGGAGGCGCUGCACAGCAUCAAGACCAAUGCGGUAGCCAGGGAAGCAGAGCAAGAAGCCAUGCUGAAAGAGACCCGGGAAGUCCUAGCCAAGCUGAAGUGGGCGUUGAACGUCAAGGAGAAUGUAGCCGGGGCGGGCUGA